ACGCGCUCGCGGUUCUCGUCCGCUUCCGCAAAAGUGGUUUUUCACUCGUGCUAGACGGCAUGUUUGGAGGAGGCGCGCGACGAGGCUGGGCGCGGCGCAGAAGCCGCGCAUGUGCUAGGACGACGAGUGGAAGGAAAGGUCCGCUUUUCGCGAAAAGAAGAUCCGAGCCGGGCGCCUGAGCUAACGAGUUUCAGGCUCGCGUGUCGCUUGCGACCAGGCCGACGCGGCCGGCAGUCCUUCUCUGCUAUAGUUUUGGCACCGAAAGCGAACUUUCUCGGACCGAGCGAGGCGGUCGUGUGGCCCUGACUUUGCCUGUUUCGGCGGAACGCGACAGGAGACGCGAGGUCGUCGAGGCUCGAAGGAAGCAACACGCCGUGACCGCUCGCGGGACUUUUUUGUGGCUUCUCGGCCGUUGUCGGCAAGCGUCAUUCGCCGCAAAGCCCGCUGAGCUGUCUGUUUUCCGUCGGAACUGAGAAGAAAGCGACAGCAUUCCGUUGUCAACCGCUGAACAUUGGCUUUUUUCAUCCUUACCCCGGAACCUGGACGUUCUUUUUGGCCCUCCCCGGCUCCCGAAAAAGAGCCUGCCCCCCAGCGGCGCGUCGGUUCGCGGGUUUCCCCCGUACUUUUCUUAUUUCGCAGAGUUUUGACCGUUUGUCCCUCUUACCCCGCGGCCUCGCUCUCGAACACCAUGGACAGCAGCGAGACGCACUACGUCUCCUUCCUCAACGGCGAGGACGACGGGCUGGAGAACGGCGAGCUUCACCAGCGACGAGGCGUCCGCGCUGGCCGGCCGAGUCCUCCGUUCGUUGUUACGACCCGCACGUACUUCUGGAAGAAAUUUCUCCGUCAACGCAACUUCACAGCGCGGGCGUGGAUCGCACUCGUGGCUGCGGCGGUGUCUCUCCUUGUCUUUGCCUCGUUCCUCAUUCAGUGGCAGGGCGAAGACGACCGCGCGGUCUUCCCGCCGUCGCCAGUUGAGGACCACCAACCCCCCGCCAACAUCUGGGAAUGGAAAGAGGCGCACUUUCAGGACGCCUUCAGCAGCUUCCAAGCCAUGUACGCCAAGAGCUACGCGACUGAGGAAGAAAAACAGAGGCGAUACGCCAUCUUCAAAAACAACCUCGUCUACAUUCACACACACAACCAACAAGGAUAUUCCUACUCCCUCAAGAUGAAUCACUUUGGAGACUUGUCGCGCGACGAGUUCCGCCGGAAGUACCUCGGCUUCAAGAAGUCCCGCAACCUGAAGUCGCACCACCUUGGGGUGGCGACGGAGUUGCUGAAUGUACUGCCAAGUGAACUGCCUGCUGGAGUGGACUGGCGCUCGCGCGGAUGCGUGACGCCGGUGAAGGACCAGCGAGACUGCGGCUCUUGCUGGGCGUUCUCGACCACAGGGGCUCUCGAGGGCGCGCACUGCGCAAAGACGGGCAAGCUGGUGAGUUUGAGUGAGCAGGAGCUGAUGGACUGCUCGCGAGCAGAGGGCAACCAGAGUUGCAGUGGCGGCGAGAUGAACGACGCGUUUCAGUACGUCUUGGACAGCGGCGGGAUCUGCUCGGAGGAUGCGUAUCCGUACCUUGCCCGAGACGAGGAGUGUCGAGCGCAGAGCUGUGAGAAAGUCGUGAAGAUCUUGGGCUUCAAGGACGUACCACGGAGAAGCGAGGCUGCGAUGAAGGCCGCUCUCGCGAAGAGUCCAGUGAGCAUCGCCAUCGAAGCCGACCAGAUGCCUUUCCAGUUCUACCACGAGGGAGUCUUUGACGCGUCUUGUGGCACAGACCUCGACCACGGCGUCCUCCUCGUCGGAUACGGAACGGACAAAGAGUCGAAGAAGGACUUCUGGAUCAUGAAAAACUCCUGGGGCACCGGCUGGGGCAGAGACGGAUACAUGUACAUGGCCAUGCACAAAGGCGAAGAGGGGCAGUGCGGCCUUCUCUUAGAUGCGUCUUUCCCCGUGAUGUGACGCGACCGUGGCUUUCGGGAAGUUCGUGGAAGGAAGUGAGAAGGAAGACGGAGGUUCUGGCUGGAGGAGCGACAUGGAGGCGACCAACGGGGGAGAGGAAAGAGAAGGAAAACGGCGGAGACAAGAGAAGCAGCCAGCGCAAAGAGGAGACGCAUUGGAUGUGAAGGGGGGAGAGGAGGGAGGGGAACAUGUGGAGGUCUUCGCGUCGCGGGACUUCUCUCUCUGCAACCUUUGGACUUUUUAAGGGAUCUGUCUCGCCUCGAACUUCCCAGGUCAAGACGCGCCUCUAAGAGCGCAUGUGCCUCGCGAGUCAGUCCACUGUAUGUACACCUGCGCGCGUCUUUAGCGCCUUUGGCGGAUCGUGUUUCGGGGACCUUCGCUGCCCCGCCUGAAAUGCUUGUGCUUCGUCUUCGUCAGUUGCAUGCAGUUUUUAUAGUGUUUGUGUAUCAUAGCUCCUUGCGAGAAAUUGGAACUCCGGCGAUGCGAACUCGACGCUGCAAGCCGUCGAACCGUGCAGAUGCUUGUCGAGAGAGGCCUGUGCUUGAAAAGGCAGGCGAACUUCUCAGUCGUCCGGGUGUUCUGCAGAGCUUCUGAGUGUCGCGUUUUCCGAAAAAGGUCUGUGUCUUCGGUUUGGCUGAACUUUUGGUCUCCCGCGUCGUCUGCGUCCCUGUCGCUCGGCGGAAGAGAAGGCGCCACAGGGCGAGACGCAGAGAAGCACGGACACUCGAAGGUAUUUUCCGGCGUUUCUCUCCUGCAACGAGAAGCUCCGUUAUUGUCAGCUACGCCCUCAUUUGAGGAAGACUCUUGAACAGCCAGCGUCGCUGAAGUACAAAAACACUCGCGGAACAGUUUCGAAGACUUUUGAAGAUAUUCGGGGACAUAGCCGACUCUGAAGAAGAUCCAAAUAAACGCAGAGAGAACGCACUGGGGAGGGGCUCUCUGCGCCGUUUUCGGAAAGAGUGGAACUUCAGUCCACGUUCUGGACGCAUGCAGAGGUCGCAACCUGCACUUUGGCUCGGCUUUGCCAGCUGCGUGUGACAGGCGACUCAUGAAGGAGAACUUCUUUGUUCGCUUGAAUGUACUUCGACACUCUUGAAGAUGUGACAUUCUGUGACUACAUUACAAAACUAACGGUCGCAAGGUGCGGGGAUAACAGGUGAACUCAUAAUAAUAUUUACUUGUGCCCUUCGUCUCUUAGGUCUGCCCUCAUCUUUGCCGAGGGUCUGUGCUGCGUCCGCUUUGGCGCACAAGAGGAUUUCUCAACGGGAGCAAACUUCGUUGUCUGUGUGAGCGCGAGAAAGCCGUCUGUCCAGAGUUCCUCACAUGCUGGACAGAAGCGUCUGCCGCCUUUACUGAAGCGCGAGCUGGUUCUCUCUUUGAACACAGCAGAGAGACGCAGGAGUCGUCUCUCUGCUGGGGCCCUCUUGGGGAAGUCUCGGCUCUCUGUGAAUUUUUGAGUCCAAUGCCGAAAGCCUUCGUUCUGCGGCUUCUCAUGGAAAGCAGAGUCUAGGUGUGAAGAAGCGGCUCGGUUCGAGAGAGUGCAAGGCGCCACUGGCAAAGCGCGUCGAACGUAGUGUCCUCUGUAGAGGUGUACGUACACUGCAGAGGAGGGAGGCGGCGCGUUGCGUCCGGGCAGGCGCGAAGCCAGUUUCGUCGGAGGGAAACGCGUCUGUGUUCGGGCGCUGCGCCGGAGCGUUUCUCUGGAACUCAGCGACGCUGGAUUUCACAGGACUUGACAGACAUCCCAGAGUUUUCAAGUCUGGAGGAGACGGGGGAGACACACGGGAGAGAUAGAAAAGAGACGCCACGC